UAACGAGGUUGGCUAAUAACAACGUUGUUGUCGUUCCUCCCCCCUCUCCUUGAACGCUGAUGGUACGUUCCACAAAAGCAUAUAAUUCCCAGACUGAAGCAAACGCCUCACAAUCAAAAUUUCAUCUGCUAAUUCGUGGAGAUUUUACCACAAACACCGUCAGAAUGAGUUGUGGAGGUCUUUCCGAGCCCGCGAGGGAAGCUGAUGAGGAAAUUCAGAAGCUCUGUGACAGCGUGAAAAUCCAAGUUGAGGCCAAAGUGGGAAGGAACUUAGAUGUCUACAUAGCUAAGCUCUACAAGACGCAGGUUGUGGCCGGAACCAACUACUUCAUUAAGGUCUAUGUGGGAGGAGACGAGUAUUUUCACCUCCGUAUUAACCAGAAACUGCCAUGUGACAGAGGAGAGGCUGAGCUGCAUAGUCUGCAGCAACACAAGACCCUUGAUGAUCCUAUUGUAUACUUCUAAAGGGAUAAGAAUUCAAAGAGUCAUAUGAGAGCUCACAGGCAGUUUUUUUCCCAUCAUAAUCACUCAAGAUUACAUUAUCUUAGCUCUCUAUAUUGAACCGUGUUGUACAUCAUGAAAUUUUGAUCACAGGAUGUCAAAGUGGAACAUUUUGUAAUGAGAGAUUUAAUAAAUGACUGCAUUAAUCAUU